CCUUACUCUCAAAGAAAUCAGAGUAGUCCCCCCCAUUUGCGUACAUUCCUUGGGUUGGCAACGGCGGCUAAAAACUUUCUCUUCUUCUAGCCGAAAGUUUAGAUUACAAGAUGUCAAAAGUGAAGAUAUUGAUGGUCGGACCGACAAAGUGUGGAAAAACUGUUUUAUGUAAUUUUCUGGCUGAAGCGACUGAAGUGUCUGGUGGAGAAUACAGACCAACACAGGGAGUUAGAAUACUUGAAUUUGAAGCAGCUGGACUUAAUCUUCGAGGACGUUCCAGUGUUGAUGUAGAACUCUGGGACUGUAGUGGAGAUAAAAAGUUUGAAGCCUGCUGGCCAGCCAUUGCUCGUGAUGCCAUGGGUGUCAUAUUUGUUUACAACCCAGAUCAGCACAACCAUGAUGAUGAUCUUGAUGCAUGGUAUAGGUUUUUGGUGGAGCAGCAGAACAUCAAAGUUCAAAACUGCAUGGUGAUGGCACAUCAUCGCCCACAAGCAAACAAUGCUGUUAACAGUGACCUGUCUGCCAAUUUCAGCAAGAUGCAGACCACUAUCAGCAACAUAGAAGAAGACCCUGAUGCAGUUCGAAGCACCUUCAACACUUUCUUGGAACACAUUGUGAUAGCCAUGUCAAAUAGUCGAGAGCAAGAAGAACUCAACAUAAUGAACUCUCGUUAAAGGGACAUCACAGUACUCAUGUGUUCUAUCAUAAAGUUCUCUGCUGCAAAUCCCAUGAGGCAUACAUAAACAAGUUCCCUCUUUUCCCAUAUGACAAUUUACUCACGUUACUUUGCCCAUGCUGUUGAUCUUUGGUGUUGUAUUUUGACUGACUGGAGUGAUGAUAUCUCAUCUGAAGGCCAGUUUACAGUAACAGUCACAGUAACUAGGAGUCAAGAUAUCUUAGUUAUCUCUCAGUCACUCAUCUAACUGUUGUCAUCUGACAUGAAAGCCCAAUCUCAGUAGAGCCUUUGCAAUUGUUGCUGACCAAUACCUGGACUCAAAGUUGUUUUGAGAAUUAUUCUCGAGAAGGCAAUGCUGUAUUUAGAAGUGGACUACAUUCUUAUAAGGUUGCAUUCUGUAACAUUUACAUCACAAUAGAGUUAGUGUAUAAGUUUAAAACAAAAAAAAUCAGAUGUGGCUGUCUUGCAAUGCAUUUAAAAUGUUUGCACAAAUGAAUUGAUGGAAUCUUAUGAACACAGGAAAAAAACAACCCUGUAAGGGUCAUGAUUGUUUCACGACUCUUUAUCUUCAUCAGCAUCGCCAGUAUAAUCAUUACAUUGAAUGGUCUUCUAGGCAGCCUGACUAGAUAAAGUGACUGUGAUAUUCCUUCUCACCCUUCUCCCCAGGACUGCUUGAGGACAUCUAUGUCAGGUUUCUUCUUCUUUGUCAUAUUCACCCCCAGUAGAGCAUAGGGCUGCAUGUUUAGUCCGUUUUUACUAAUUUGCCUUCCCAUCUUAAAAAUAUUUUUUGUCAGUAGUAGAUGGAAGUAUAACCUGAAAGGGGAUAGUGUGACAGAUAGUACUAGAAAUAAGACUGGCAUACCACUGUACCAGAUGAGAGUAUUGGAGGCAUGUAUAUAUCCACAAGAUCUGGAUCUUGUGUAGUCAUUUGCAUGUUUUUGUUUUUCAUAGCAUAAAUUCAUGUAACAAAAAAGAUCGACUUCGGAUAUUUGGUGAGGAACCUGGAGAAGAUGCGUUACAUUUACCCCGUUACUUAAGCUGAUUUUUUUAACAAAGUUUAAUUAAGGCUCAAGCGAAACUAUUUAUUUACUGUUUACAAAAUAAGUUUUUAUUGAAUUGUGUCUUUACUGUUCAUGUCUGUGGGGAAACCUAGUGUUGUAGAAUGUAUGGUGUACAACAGUGCAUUGAAUGUAUGGAAAUAUACAUGUGAAUAUUUU